AUGGACUCCCCCAUCACCUCUGUGGAGUCCUUCCGUUUCCUGGGCACCACCAUCACCCAGGACCUCAAGUGGGAGCCGACCAUCAGCUCCCUCAUCAAGAAGGCCCAGCAGAGGAUGUACUUCCUGCGGCAGCUCAGGAAAGCCAAGCUGCCUGCACAGAUGUUGGUGCAGUUCUACACGGCCAUCAUCGAGUCCAUCCUCACCUCCUCCAUCACCGUGUGGUUCGCUGGAGCCACAUGUCGGACGGUGCAGAUCCGGAUCCUCGGGGAAGAGGGCGUCCCGGUGCAAGUGGACGGAGAGGCCUGGAUCCAACCACCAGGGUUCAUCAGGAUCCUCCACAAGAACCGGACGCAGACACUGACCAGAGAUCAGGCCUUUGAGAACACCCUAAAGUCCUGGGAGGAGAGACAGAGGAGUGAGUUCCUGCGUCCUCAGUCUCAGACAGAGAUCCUCUCUGAAGACGAGGCCUCACUCAUCAGCGACUUUGGACAGACAGCAGGAGCCCUGAUCCACAGUAUUAGGGAGGUGGCAGAGCUGCAUUCACAGUUGGAGCAGGAGUUGGCUCAUGCUGUCAAUGCGUCAUCUAAAGCUAUGGACGUGGUCUACAAAGACAGCAGGAGCCCAGGGGCACUGAGGAGGUGCGUGGUGCUGCAGAUGGUCACUAAUGUCAAAGCUCUUCUCAGUGAAACGGAGCUGCUGCUGUCGGGAAACAUGUCUAUGCAGUUGGAGCGCCCUCACCAGGAGCAGCUGUCCUCUGCUCUGUCUUCUCUGUCCAAUCAGAUCAGCCGACUGUCAGAGGUGUCCUGGCUCUGUCCCACUAUUGACCAAUCAGACUCAGAGAGUGCUCUCUCAGAUGUGUCCAAAAGGGGGCGAGCUGCUAAAUUUCGUCUUGUUCCGAAGUUUAAGAAAGAGAAGAACAACAGGAACAAGGAGACCAGCGGCAGCUUGUCUCUGCCGGUGCACUUGUGGAGUCCAGAGGAGGUGGGGCAGUGGCUGGAGGCUCUGUCUCUGUCCGAGUAUAAGGAGAUCUUUGUGAGACACGACGUCAGAGGAGCAGAACUACUGGGACUAGAGCGCAGGGACCUAAAGGACCUGGGCGUUUCCAAAGUGGGCCACAUGAAGAGGAUUCUCCAGGGCAUCAAGGAUCUACACCGCAGCAGCAGUGCCAGUGAGGCCUGA